GUCCUCGCGACUUUUACGCGCGCGAAAGUACGCUUAAGCACGCGUACGGGGCAGUAAUAUCGGAAUGAAAAUUCUCGCCGUGUUACAUCGGGCGCAAAAAAGUGCGGGCCGCGUACGGAGGAAAGACGGCGCGCGAUUGGUCGACGUUGUUUCGCGACGGUGUGUCAUGUGACCCUUUCCUCUAUUUAUGCAAACAUCACCGAUCGGCCUCGCAGUCUCGUGGCAAAACAAUAACAAACAACACACGUCGUAAGUUUGCGCCUCUCGCGACUUCUCGAGCUCGCGUUCAUGCGUUUCUACUCGUCGUGGGAUACGUCCGAGCUGUCAGGAACAGCGCGAUUGAUCCUGCGACCUACCGAUCUCGCGAUCGGGACCUCGCGGACCUCGUCGGGGAAGGGUAUAGACUAGACUGGAAAAAGUGAAACUCAAUCUGGGCCUCUCGUCGCGAUGUUGUCAGCCGCGGAAAAUGCCCGCUAACGAGAACCGCGAUGCGUGCGUCCUGUGAACGCGCGUGGACCAAUAUGUGAUUUUGACGUGUGUGUCUUACCGUUGUUUUUUCCAAUCAGAUCAACUCUGUCGGAAUUUUCCAAAAAAUCAGAGGGAGGGAAAGAGACAGACAGAUAGAUAAAUAGAUAGAGAGGGAGGGAAAGAGAGAGAGAGAGAGAGAGAGAGAAAAUUGUUCUCCAUUCCCUCGUGCAUCACUACGGACGCAAGAUUGCGGAAUCGAUCGAGCAGAUCGGACGAGUCAAAAUUGAAGACGAUUCGUCGCGUGCACUUCUUUCCUCUAUUCCACUCGUCGAGCCUGCUGCAGACCCACGCGUAAGAACACGCGACAAAUUAUAGUCGCGUGCACGUGAUAUUUGUCACGACACGCUGAGCCAAAUCGAAUAGAUCGAGCCUAAAAUUGAUGAUUUUUCUUAUCCAGCUAAUUUUUAUGUCCUACCUUGUAGAGUAGCAAUUUUUGGACAACGAUCAGCAGACAGCGUCACCCUCACGUUUCUCGUUCAAGCACGUGUUGCUAAUGGACAAUUCUAAGUACAGCGACAUUUUCCUACCUAGUAUGGAUAGCGUAGUGAAGCAGGAACCUGCCCAGGAAAUGGGCUCGGCGUCGGCAUCAGUACCCAUACCCGGAGGACACAGAGGAACCACGCGAGGAGCAUACGAUCAGUUCUCCCCUUCGCCUCUGACUCUCUCCUCCGGAUGGGACAUGAGGAGCGAACAUAUGGAAUAUCCCUUUAAAAUGGAUCCGGAUCAGCUGGACAUCUCGCUUAAGAUGGACGAGGAUGAUAUAUUCCAAGUAGACAAAGCUGAAUUAAUCCAGGGCCCAACUCUCGCUGAAUUAAAUGCCAAUGAUGAGACACUAGAGUUGGGAGAUCUAAAUUUCGAUGAUCUGUUGCUACCUGAAGAAAGAGUACAGCCGAUAAAAAUAGAGAAUGUUCCUCCAUUUUCCAGCUCUCUAUUUAACACUAGUGGCAUAGGAUUUGCACCUAGUAGUUUUCCUCAAUCUGGAACAACUUAUCGAAGCUGUCCCACAUAUACAAAUACUUAUACUUUUAAUAGAAGUUCAACCAUCAUAGAUAAUGCAGAAGCUGUUAGUCCUACUGCGUUUCCCAGUCCAGGCACUGGUAAUAUUGCAGGUAGUUCUACAGCAAGUUCAUCAACUUCACCACAUCCUCCAGGGCGUCUUGGAUCCACUUUACAUGAUUUACUUAUGAGAAAAGGUGAAAAUCCUAUUAAUCCAGUGUCCAAUCAAAUGGAUAAUAUCUCCACAACAAGUGGUAAAUCUAAAAUUUCGAGACUCUCUAUGUCUGCUCCAACUCAGACAAUGGGACAUCUGGAUCAGAUCUGGUCUCAUAGGGAACCACGUCAACAUCUGUUAAGUACUGGUAGCUUGGUAGAGGCAGGAUCGACAAGUAGUUUGAGUACCGGAGGUGCACUGAGUCCUGAUCCACUCUGUCCUGAUCCUCUUAGCCACGAUGAAGGCUAUGAGGAUAGUGAUGAUGAUAGUGACCAUUAUGAUGAUUAUAGCAGUGAUAAUGAUACAGGUGGAAGUGAUAAUGAGGACCAGAGUAAUCACAGAAUAGGAACGGGAACUACAGAUUUAGGGAAAGAUAACAGACAUAGUAAGAAAGAAAGAUUUUUCUGGCAAUAUAAUGUUCAAGCAAAGGGACCAAAAGGACAGCGAUUAAUUGCUCGAGCGCGCUUAGAAGACCCGCAUGUUUUGAACGAAGCAACCGAUCCAGUAUUUAGUCCUCAUUGUGUUCUCAGAGGAAUCAAACAUAGCGGAAAAGCACGAAAAGGCGAUGGAAAUGAUCUUACGCCGAAUCCUCGCAAACUCCAUAAUAUUGGAAAAGAAUUAGACAAACUCAAUCGCAUUAUAAAUGAUAUGACACCUGUUUCGGAAUUACCUUUCCCAGUAAGACCAAAGACACGUAAAGAAAAGAAUAAACUAGCUUCUCGGGCAUGCCGUUUGAAGAAAAAAGCUCAACAUGAAGCUAAUAAGAUAAAGUUGCAUGGACUCGAAACAGAGCAUAGACGUCUCAUACAAGGUAUAUCACAAGCUAAACAUACGCUUGCUGCUAAAUUAGCUGAAUCUAAUCCUGAGAAUCAAGAAGAGCUUACACGGCAAAUGGAAAAAUAUUGCAAAGUGGCUACCAAAGUGCGAAUAGCAAAUCAUUCGACAGAAUUUGUGAAUAAGAUAUUGGAAAAUAUUAGAAGUGGCAUACCUGAUGGCGGUAUCGAUAAUUUUUAAUAUUAUAGAAAAUCGUUUUCCUAUAAAUCUCUUGUGUCUACAUAUGUAUAUAUUAAAAAAAUUAGGAUAUGCUAUAUAAAUAUAUAUUUGUCUAUAUACUUAUAUGUAUAUAGAAAUAACGCUUUAUAUCUAAACUUCAAGCUAUUUCAAAAAACAGACAUAGUUAACUUGAUUGAUGCAUA